AUGGCUGCAGCUAACGUUGUCUUUCCCCAUUUAGCGAAAAAUCAGCAUCAAAUAAAGCAGCUUUUUGAGGGUACACUCAAGAAGUUCAAUCAAGCUCGUGACUUGUUCAUGGCGCAAAAGCGCGCGGAAUUAGCAGCAAAUGUUGCAAGGCUAGAAAAGGAGAUUGAUGAAGUCCAAAGGCAGUUGGUGGAAGCUGAAAAAGCUGCCGGAAUAAAGCAGUACCCAGUUCCGCGGACAACAAAAUCAAUUGAGAAAUCCGAAGUCAACGAAGCUCCUCCCGUACCACCUGUAAAACAAGCCAACGCUACAACGCCUUCGAAAAAGGAGAAAAAGUCUGGUUCUGAGAAAAAAAGCGCUUCGGAUGGCGGCAAAAAGGCUGAAAAUGCAGCCGCUGACGAUGGUAUCGAUGUAGGGCGUCUUGACCUCCGUGUAGGGCGAAUAAUGCAUUGUGAAAAGCAUCCAGAUGCAGAUGCAUUGUACGUUGAGCAGAUUGAUGUUGGAGAGGCUAGUCCUCGAACUGUAGUUUCUGGCUUGGUUAGGCACGUUCCACUUGACCAGGUUAGUAAUUGAGA